ACCAAUGGAAACGCUGAAUAUCGAGCAAGACGUACAAGAAGAGGGACAGUUCGUUGUUGACGAUGUAAGUAAAAUUAUAAAAGAUGCCAUCGAAACGGUUAUUGGGGGUAACGCGUAUCAGCAAACCAAAGUAAAUAAUUGGACCACGGCUGUAGUUGAAGCAUGCACAUCAGCAUUAACUAAACUAAUGAAACCUUACAAAUACAUUGUCACUUGCACUAUAAUGCAGAAAAAUGGGGCUGGAUUGCAUACGGCGAGUUCUUGUUAUUGGGACAACAACACAGACGGAAGCUGCACUGUACGUUGGGAGAAUAAAACCAUGUUUUGCAUCGUAUCUGUGUACGGUUUAGCUAUCUAAAUGUUAUGUCGCUAUUAUUAUUAUUAAUAGGCAAAAGUAUUUUUUUUUAAUUUCCACAUUCUAAGUCUCUAUCUUAAUUUAAUUUACAAAAGUUUUUUUUUUUUUUGAUAUUUAAGUAUUAAAAUUACAUGUUUCUUUAUCUCAUUUAAUCAAAAUGUGACCGAAGUAAUACUUAAAGUAAAAAAGAUGUUGGAUGAUUUAUGUGUUAUAUUUCCAAGUUGUAAGUAUUGAUAAUCGAUUUUUUUUUAUUAAAAAGUGAUAUGCUAAUAGGGUU